GGGAUCACACAGGAUCCGGAGCUGGUGCUGAUAACAGCGGAAUCCCCCGUCUACCUCUCUCCUUGGUCCUGGAAUAGCGCUACCGAUUACCAAGUAGCCAAAAGAUAUUAUAAUAAACCCUCAGCACUUGCUCAGUUUUGUGAAAGUCUCAAGUAAAAGGGGCAUAUACGAAAAAAAAAAUUUAUGCCAAGAAUUCCAAAAAUAAAAUUCUCUAAGGAUUAAAAAAAAAAAGCAACUGAAAAUGCCAGCUGAUAUAAUGGAGAAAAAUUCCUCGUCCCCGGUGGCUGCUACCCCAGCCAGUGUCAACACGACACCGGAUAAACCAAAGACAGCAUCUGAGCACAGAAAGUCCUCGAAGCCUAUCAUGGAAAAAAGACGAAGAGCAAGAAUCAAUGAAAGUUUGAGCCAGCUGAAAACACUGAUUUUGGAUGCCCUUAAGAAAGAUAGCUCGCGGCAUUCCAAGCUGGAGAAGGCGGACAUUCUGGAAAUGACAGUGAAGCACCUCCGGAACCUGCAGCGGGCUCAGAUGACGGCCGCGCUAAGCACAGACCCAAGUGUGCUGGGGAAGUACCGCGCCGGCUUCAGCGAGUGCAUGAACGAGGUGACCCGCUUCCUGUCCACGUGCGAGGGCGUUAACACCGAGGUGCGCACCCGGCUGCUCGGCCACCUGGCCAACUGCAUGACCCAGAUCAACGCCAUGACCUACCCCGGGCAGCCGCACCCCGCCUUGCAGGCGCCGCCGCCGCCCCCGCCCGGACCAGGCGGCCCACAGCACGCGCCGUUCGCACCGCCUCCGCCUCUAGUACCCAUCCCCGGGGGCGCGGCGCCCCCUCCCGGCGGCGCGCCCUGCAAGCUGGGCAGCCCUGCUGGAGAGGCCGCGAAAGUGUUCGGCGGCUUCCAGGUGGUGCCGGCUCCUGACGGCCAGUUUGCCUUCCUCAUCCCCAAUGGGGCCUUCGCUCACAGCGGCCCGGUCAUCCCAGUAUACACCAGCAACAGCGGGACCUCCGUGGGCCCCAACCCAAUGUCACCUUCCAGCGGACCCUCGCUCACUGCGGACUCCAUGUGGAGGCCGUGGCGGAACUGAAGGGCUCCCUAAACCUCCCAUCCUUUUCUUACUUUGGGACACUAAACAGAAACUUUGGACUCGAGGAGAGAAGAGAACUUUGUGAUUCAGUGGUUACUUGGUUUUUUUAAUUUCUAAAAAGUUACUUUUUUGUAGAGAGCUGUAUUAAGUGACUGAUCAUGCACUAUAUUUGUAUAUAUUUUAUAUGUUCAUAUUGGAUUGCGCCUUUGUAUUAUAAAAGUUCAGAUGACAUUUCGUUUUUUACACGAGAUUUCUUUUUUAUGUGAUGCCAAAGAUGUUUGAAAAAUGCUCUUAAAAUAUCUUCCUUUGGGGAAGUUUAUUUGAGAAAAUAUAAUAAAAGAAAGUGAAGGAUUUUA